CACACGAUUAACUAAAAAUAGGGACCUGGCUUCUCUAGCACGUUCGUUUCCUCUCAAAAAUUACAACGGAAAAAAUAAAAUCCCAUCCCCAGUCCCAGGAGAAAAUUCCCAAUUUCCCUCCCAAAACCAACACCCACCGGAAAACAAACAAACAAACAAUAAGCAGCUCCCUCCCUCUUUCUCGCUCUUUCUCGCGUCAACAAACAGAAAAUCCCAGGAAAAACAAACAAACAAUCUCACACACGCAAAUCCUCCUCUCUCACAUUUUCCCCCUGCUCUGGUCUGGAUGAAUGAGUCUGUUCGACAGGUUCAGAUCCCAGGCCCCAUCCACCCCCACCAAGUCCCCAUCCACUCCCACGCAGGCCACCAUGAUGAAGAGCCUCCACGACUCUGACCACUUUCAGGCUGCAAUGGCGGAAACCCCCAGAUCGCAGCAGACGGCCCUGUCCCAGGUGGCCGACGCGUUCGAGGAGCUGGCCGAUCACCUGGCAAAAUCCAGCCGGAGAAACAACGACGCCGGAUCGCCACAACAAGAAGAAGAAGAUGGAGGAGAAGAAGAAGAAGGAGAGCCGGAGCUUCGAUUGGAUUCCUUCUGUCAGGCAUGCUCUUUGGUCUCCGUCCUCUUCAGCUGCCUCGGUCUCGCUUUUAAAUUCGCCGAGACAGAGUACGUCGCCAAGGUGCGUGAUCUGGUCGAAGCGUCCAAGACGUUCGAGAAUCUGCAGAAUGUGGUGGAUGUGGAUGCCGCCAACGGGACGGUGAGAACUGCAGGCAGCCAUACCAGAAACCUGCGUCGGGUUCGUCAAGGUCUCGACCUAAUCAGGGGAAUUUUCCAACAAUUCGUCGCCUCCGACGAUAAUUCGUUGAAGGAUGCUGCGACCACAGCUUACGCGCAAAUCUGCGCUCCUUACCACACCUGGGCGAUACGGACGGCGGUUUACGCCGGAAUGUACACGCUCCCCACGCGGGAGCAGCUUCUGGUGAGGCUGGAAGAAAGUGAGCAGUCGGCGGAGAAGAAGAUGAAGAGGUACAUCCAGGCUUCGCUUCCAGUGAUCCAGUACAUCGACAGGCUUUACACUUCCAGGAAUAUCACCUUGGAUUGGUAAGCUCCAACAAUUCUUGUGAAUUUUGAAUGGCUGCAGCCUAGCUCACUCCCCUGUUGCUUCAGAAACAGAGCAACUCAAUCCCACCGCCGGCCAGCAUUUCGGCCAGUUUGUUGUAUUUUACUACCUGUAACUGGUUGCAACUUGCAAACCACAUUCUUCACCAUAUUAGACUCUUAGGAUUCAUUUUGUAAAAGAAAAAAACCCCCUCGAUUCCUUUUGUAGACAACACCAAUAUUAUAUGUGACUUGUGUGUACAUACAAACAGUUGUCUGCAGAAAAAGCAAGUUUUGCAAGAUCAUCCCAAGAAAACUCAGAGAAAUGAUUUUUGAAUAGGCUGUCUAUGGAACUCUCAAGAGCACUUUUAUUCUUAUCUUUAACACAACUAGCCGAGAGCAUAAGUAACCUCUGCGAUGAGGGAACGACACCCUUUUCAGCUCAGAAGCA